AUGAUUCUCAAGCCUGUCACAGAGAGCUUUGCCAAACUUAUCCAUGGCCUGAAAGUAGAACACCUGACGGACCACGUGCUUAAGAGGAGCAAGAGAAUGAUUCUGGAUACUCUUGGAGUUGGCAUCCUUGGAACUAAUACAGAUGUGUUUCACAAAGUCAGCAGAUAUAGUAAACUCUACAGUUCCAACAUAUCCAGCACUGUUUGGGGCCAUCCUGACUUGAGACUCCCACCAACAUAUGCUGCUUUUGUCAAUGGUGUAGCUAUCCACUCAAUGGAUUUUGAUGACACGUGGCACCCUGCCACCCACCCUUCUGGAGCUGUCCUUCCUGUUCUCAUGUCUCUCUCAGAAGCCCUACCUCCGGGUCCCAAGUUUUCUGGUCUCAAUCUGCUGUUGUUUUUCAACAUUGGAAUUGAAGUGCAAGGCCAAUUACUGCGUUUCUCCAAGGAAGCCAAAGACAUUCCAAGGAGAUUCCAUCCCCCCUCUGUGAUAGGAACUCUGGGGAGUGCUGCUGCGGCAUCCAGGUUUUUAGGACUCAGUUUGACCCAGUGUCAGGAGGCCCUGGCAAUUGCUGUGUCUCACGCAGGGGCACCCAUGGCCAAUGCUGCCACCCAGACCAAGCCUCUCCACAUUGGCAAUGCUGCCCGGCAUGGCAUGGAAGCUGCUUUCCUGGCAAUGCAGGGCCUCCAAGGAAACAAGCACAUCUUGGACCUAGAGACAGGCUUUGGAGCCUUUUAUGCCAACUAUUCCCCCCAAGUCCUGCCAAGUCUCGAUUCCCACACGUGGCUGCUGGACCAGCAGGAUGUGGCCUUUAAGCGUUUCCCUGCCCACUUGGCCACCCAUUGGGUGGCUGAUGCAGCAACAGCUGUGAAAAAGCAUCUCAGCAGAGAGGAGGUUCCCGUGGAACACAUUGAGAAAAUUGUGCUCAGAAUCCCAGAUGUUCCCUACGUCAACAGGCCCUUCCCAAACUCAGAGCAUGAGGCCCGUCACUCCUUCCAGUAUGUGGCCUGUACUUUGCUCCUCGAUGGUGGCAUUGCCGUCCCAUCGUUCCACAAAAGUCAGGUCGAAAGACCACAGGUGAGAGAGUUGCUCAGGAAGGUGCAACUGGAAUACCCACCGGACAACCAUCCAAGCUUCAACACUCUGUACUGUGAGAUGAGUGUCACCCUCCGGAAUGGGGUCACCUUCACUGAGCGCUCUGACACCUUCUAUGGUCACUGGAGGAAGCCACUGAGCCAGAAGGACCUGCAAGACAAGUUCCGAGCCAAUGCCUCCAGGACACUGUCCAGGGAGAAUGUGGAAAAACUGAUUGAGAUGGUGGAAAAUCUGGAGGAACUAGAAGACUGUUCUGUGUUAACGACGCUCUUAAAAGACCCUUCUGCAUCAGACGUAGUCUCAAAAUCCAACAUGUGA